GGGAUUGAAUGGGAUGGAUGGAGUUAGUGAUGCUGAGCUGGGCUUCCUCAGUUUCAUGAAGGCUCCCAAAUCCAUUUUCCAUCCCACUGCUGGUGGUAGACCACACAUCCAUGCCCACCCCUUUAUCCACAGAUGCCGAAGUGAUCAGCUGCAUCCAAUCCAUCCUGGUUAUCCCGGGGUCCCCCUGUCCCCACUGCUGGUGGCAGAGCUCAUCCCUGCAGUGGGGGUGGGUUCUCCCAACCCCUCUCAUCCCAAAUCAGAGUGCGGCGCAGUGUGAUCCCGCAGUGCUCUGAGCUUCUCCCACACCACCGAUGCACUAUAGGGACACCACGGGUGCACGACAUGGUCCCCAAGCUACCUCCAUUACCCCUCAGCAUACUGCUUCCCACGGGCAUGUGGUGCUGCAGUGGGACAGGAUGGAACCACCCCCACACCAGCACCCCGGCUUCCUGCAUACCGGGGCCGGACGUGCAGCAUGCAGCAGCACGGGACCACAUCCCGACACUGAGCAGCACCCGAUGCAAUGGGCAGGAGGUGAGGAUGGAGGUGCUGUACCUGCUGCUGUCUGCUCUCUGCGCUGCUGCUGUGCCCAAAUCAGCUCCAGUGAAGGCAACGGGAGUUCCCACUGCGGUGCCAAGCAACAUCUCAGCAGAGUCAGGUGAGAAUGGGCAUCCAUCCAUGGGGCAGCGGGUGUGGGGACCCCCCUGCCACCCUCAUCCCGAGCUGCCUGCAGGUCCCUGGGGCACAGCCACGCUGCGCCUGGCUGGUGGCAGCCACCCCUGUGAGGGCACAGUGCAGGUGCAGCAUCAUGGCCAAUGGAUGCCCGUGUGUCGGGGGUCCUGGAGUGCUGCUGCCUCUCAGGAGCUGUGCCACCACCUGCACUGCGGAGAUGCUGAGGGUGAUGCGGUGAUGGCAAGCCUGGACAGUGACAGAGAUUUCUCCAAGGGAUGUCCAGCUGCGGUGGCCAACUGCAGUGGGUGGGAGCCACAGCUCUGCCAGCUGCAGCUGGCCACCGAGCCCAGCUGCUGUGCAGCAGGGCCGGCAAACGUCACCUGCACAGGUGCCCCGGCGCUGCGUCUGGCCGGUGGGCGCAGCCGCUGCGAGGGCCGGGUGGAGCUGCGGCAGGCGGGCAGCUGGGGCACGGUGUGUGACGACGGCUGGGACCUGGCUGAUGCCGCCGUGGUGUGCCGGCAGCUGGGCUGCGGCUGGGCACUGCGUGCGCCGCGAGAGGCCGCCUUCGGCCGGGGGCACGGCCCCGUGCUGCUGGACGAGGUGAACUGCAGCGGGCACGAGGAGAAACUGGGGGAAUGCCCUGCUGCCCUGCAGCACGACUGCAGCCACAAAGAGGACGCCAGCGUGGUGUGCUCGGAGCAUCACGAGUGGCGGCUGUCCGGAGGCAAGGACGGCUGCGCGGGUCGCGUGGAGGUGCAUUACCGGGGGACGUGGAGCACCGUGUGCGACAGCACCUGGUACAUGCUGGAGGCUUCAGUUCUGUGCCACACGCUGGGCUGCGGGGAGCCACUGCAGCGUCCUUCCUUCCACCACACGCUGCCCACCAAGAUGCUUUAUGAGUGCCCGGACUGGCAGCCCUCACUGGCGUACUGCCGCUGGACCUACAACAAAUCAGCUCCCUGCCACGAGUCCCGUGCUGCCGGUGUCGUCUGCAAUGGCUCCCUGGGCUUGCAGACCCCAACACUGGAGGCGACAGUGAUGCCAAAUGGUGGUACAUCCCCAAGCACCACAAAGGGCUUGGAUGCAGCGGGAGGCCUGUCCCCUCUGCAUAUGCCUCUCUUCAUCCCAUGUGUGGUGCUGGCAGUGCUGCUCCUGCUCGCACUGGUGGUCUUCACCACUGCCUUGCUGCACUUGAGGAAGAGGAGUGCCCUCACCCUGGGGACCCCAGUGCCACUCCUGGUGACCCACAGCAGCCAGGGUCACGACAUGCCCUUGGAGACUUGCAACAACUACAGGGAGGUACCCGCAGACCUCCCCAAGGAGCCAGACUCCACACCCGCAACCCUUCCCACCACCAAGGGCUCCGACUCCUCUGACUCUGACUACGAACACUAUGAUUUCAGCAGCAAGCCACCCGUGGCCCUCUCCACCUUCCACAACUCACAGCGCCGACAGCCAGGUGAGCAGCUUCUGCUGCCCACCCAGGAUGGGAUGGAGCCAUUUCCCACAGAGGUGCCAACCAUGCAGUGCGCCCACCCAUGGGACAGGGUGAGGAGCUCAUCCUCUUCCUCUUCUUCCUCCUCCAUGGAGCCCUACUGUAGUGAGAACGCAGCCUCCACAGGUGCCUGGCACUGCCCACAGCCCCCAUCAUGCAGCACCCAGCAGCACACAGCACCCACCACACCCCCAGCUGCGCCCUGUGUGCCCAUCCCAGUGCUCAACACGCCGUGGGUAUCACCACCCCCAACAGACCCCGACCAUGCUGACAGCUCCAGCACCUCCUCGGGGGAGUGGUAUGAGAACGUGCAGGGUGCUGAGACAUACGGGGACCCAUCCCUAAAGGAACACACACAGGACCCCAGCUUCUCUGAGGGGAGUGACUACGAUGACAUCCAGGGCUCUGGCUGCUGAGAGUGGGAACAGGCAGCGGGGAGGGGACUCUUAUCCAUAACACAGCCGUGGGCCAUUAAAAGCUUUUAGCCCCAUCUGCCUGGCAAGCCCUCAUCUCUUUCUGGGUGUACCCAAGGGAUGCCAUUCCCAACACCCUGCCCCAUCCUGAGGGUGCUCUGGCUGCCGUGCUCAGCCUAGCAUGGAACCCAGCGGGGUCCUGGGGAAGCUGAGCUCUCAUUGCCUCCGGGCUAUGAGCCACAGUGGAAAAUUUGCCCCCUGUCACAUCCUCCAGCUGUUUACCGAGUUGAGCGGCUCUGGCAGCCCAGAACAAAGGGGCCGCACCGCAACAACAGAGGAA